UGUCACGAGGUGGGGGUGAAGAGAGACAGAAGGUGCAAAGUCUACCUGGUGUGUGGGUAUAGCAGGCGGGUCGCGCUGAGAGAGCGGCAGGCAGUGAGUGAAUGAGAGAGGCAGAGGGACGUAGGGAGUGAAUAAGAGAGGACAGAAAGCAAUUGCAACAAGCUUAUUGCUCCAGCCAUGAGGAACUGCAGUGCACGCUAACUCUGGCAAUUACUGAGACGACACUUCCCUAUGGCGGUGGCAGAACUGUACACCAAGUAUAAUAGUGUUUGGAUCCCUGACCCUGAUGAAGUCUGGCAAUCAGCUGAGAUUACUAAGGACUAUAAGAAAGGAUCAGAUGUACUAUUUCUGCAGUUAGAAGAUGGCACUGAAUUGGAGUAUCCAAUUGAUCCUGUUAAGAUACAACUGCCUCCUCUCCGAAAUCCAGACAUACUGGUGGGUGAAAAUGACCUCACGGCACUCAGCUAUCUCCAUGAGCCUGCAGUUUUGCAUAACCUCAAAGUGCGCUUUGUGGAUUCCAAACUCAUCUACACUUACUGUGGUAUUAUUCUUGUGGCUAUUAACCCUUACAAAGAGAUACCAAUCUAUGGAGAUGCCAUCAUCCAUGCGUACAGUGGGCAGAAUAUGGGCGAUAUGGAUCCUCAUAUCUUUGCUGUGUCCGAAGAAGCUUACAAACAAAUGGCCAGGAAGAAUAGAAACCAGUCUAUUAUUGUAAGUGGAGAAUCGGGUGCAGGGAAGACUGUGUCUGCUCGAUAUGCGAUGAGGUAUUUUGCUACUGUUAGUAAGUCCAGUAGCAAGGCUUGUGUAGAAGAUAAAGUCCUUGCAUCAAAUCCUAUAACAGAGGCUAUUGGAAAUGCAAAGACAACACGAAAUGACAAUAGUAGCCGUUUUGGUAAAUACACAGAGAUCAGUUUUAAUAACCAGUAUCGAAUCAUUGGUGCAAAUAUGAGAACUUACUUACUGGAAAAAUCAAGGGUGGUGUUUCAGCGUGAUGAUGAUCAUCUGAAAGUAUUUUCUGAACUUUUGGGGAUCAAGCUGGAGGAGAUGGCUCAUGGACUGUGCCACAGAAAAAUUGCUACUACCUCAGACACUGUGAUCAAACCCAUGACCAAGGGUCAAGCAAUCAAUGCCAGAGAUGCUUUGGCUAAACACAUCUAUGCUCAUCUGUUCAGCUGCAUUGUGGAUCACAUCAACAAGGCUUUGCAGUUUUCUGGCAAGAAGCAUACGUUUAUUGGCGUUCUGGACAUUUAUGGGUUUGAAACCUUUGAUGUGAAUAGCUUUGAACAGUUCUGUAUUAAUUAUGCCAAUGAAAAACUACAGCAACAAUUUAACUUGCAUGUGUUUAAACUGGAGCAAGAUGAAUACAUGAAAGAAGACAUUCCAUGGGCACUGAUAGAAUUCAAUGACAACCAACCUUGCAUUGAUUUGAUAGAAGCUAAGAUGGGUAUACUGGAGCUAUUGGAUGAGGAGUGCCUGUUGCCGCAAGGAACAGAGGAAAACUGGCUUCAGAAACUGCAGAAUAAUUACUUAAAUAAAAAUCCUCUCUUUGAGAAGCCUCGAAUGUCAAGUAAAGCCUUCAUCAUCCUGCAUUUUGCUGACAAGGUGCAAUAUGAAUGUGACGGAUUUCUUGAAAAGAACAGGGACACGUUAUAUGAAGAAUUGAUUAAUGUACUGAAGAAAAGUAAGUUGAGUCUCCUAGCUGAUUUCUUUCAAGAAAAUGAACAGUCUACAGGGAGCUUGAAGCCAAAUAUUAAAGUCAGGCCGGCAAGACCAGGGUUUAAAUCCUUCAACAAACAGCACCGGACAACUGUCGGUAGUAAGUUCCGUAAUUCUCUGCAUCUACUAAUGAACACCCUCAAUGCUACAACACCUCACUACGUGCGUUGCAUUAAGCCGAAUGAUUUGAAGCUGCAGUUUGAGUAUGAUUCAAAGAGAGUUGUUCAACAGCUUAGAGCCUGUGGUGUUCUGGAAACUAUUCGGAUCAGUGCACAGAGUUAUCCUUCCAGGUGGACGUACUUUGAGUUUUUUAGUCGCUACCGCAUUCUGAUGUCACAACAAGACCUUGCAUUAGAUGAUAAAAAACAGAUCUGCAAAGAAGUCUUAAAGCAUUUAAUUCAGGAUCCAAACCAAUACCAGUUUGGUAAAACCAAGAUUUUCUUUCGCGCGGGGCAAGUGGCAUAUUUGGAAAAACUGCGUGCAGAUAAACUGAGAGCUGCUUCAGUCACUAUACAGAAGAAUCUGCGAUGCUGGAUUCAGCGGAAAAAGUUCCUAAAAAUGAAACGAGCUGCUAUCAUCAUUCAGCAGUAUGUUCGUGGGGAACGUGCUGUACGACGUGUAUUGAAUGCAGCUAUUUUAAAACAAUCCUGGGCUGCAGUUAUAAUCCAAAAACACUGGCGGCGAUUUUCAGUGUCUCAUCAUUACCACCUCAUUCUCAAGGCUAUCAUCAGAAUUCAGUCUUUCACCCGAGGCUGGUUAGCAAGAAGGCAAUAUAAAAAGAUGCUGCAAGAUCAGAAAGCCUUAGUAAUUCAAAAGCACGUCCGCGCUUGGUUGGUAAGACGCAGAUAUCAAAGUAUACGGCGUUUUGUUUUGAACAUCCAGCUCUCAUUUCGUGUUAAACAACUCCACAAGAAACUGGAUGAGCAGAGCAAAGAGAACAAGGGGUUGUUGGAACGUUUGACACAUCUGUCUACAAUUCACUCAGCUGAUCUCAACAAAUAUCAAAAACUUGAGGAGGAGCUGCAGAAAGCAGUGACACAAAAGCAGUUCAUUGAGGAACAAGUAAAGAAAUCCAAGGGCCAGACUGAGCAGACGCUGUCAGAGUUUAGAAAGCAAACAUUAUCACUACAAGCACAAAACCAGAAACUGGAGAAGCAACAUCAGGAACAGACCCAAGCAUUGAAAGAAAAAAUGAAUGAAAUAACAUGCCAGCAUCUCGGUGAUUUAGAAAGGGAAGAACAGCGGAGGAGAACAUUGGAAAAUAAUUUUCAGACUCAGAAAGAGAAUUAUGAAAAGCAAAUCAAAGCACUGAUUGAUGAAAUAAAACAUCUACAAGAGGAAAGAAUCCAGUUACAGGAGCAGAUUCAAGAGGAGUACCUGAUAAAUGACGGUCUGCGUAAGGAUUUGGCCCAACUGGCUGAUGAAGCACUAGUAAUUCCAAAACUUAAAGGAGACAUUGCAACUCUUGAAAUGAAGAACCAAGAUUUGGAUAUGUGCCUGCAAAAGCAAAGAAAAGAAAUGAGAGAAAAAGUUGAAGAAAUUACAAAACAGCUCCUUGGAGGUUUAGAGGGUGAGGAGCUACGAAAGAGACUUUCUCCAGAGGACAUGGAGCAGCUAAAUGAAGAUGGAGAGCUCUGGUUUGCAUAUGAAGGAUUGAAAAGAGCUACCAGAGUGAUGGAAAUGCAUAUUCAGUCUCAGAAAGAGAACUACGAGAAAGAAAUCGAGGAACUCAGUUUUAGAAUUGAUCAGCUCUGUGAAGAGACAACGCAUCUCCAACAAAAAGUCGAAGCAGAGAAUGACACUAAUGAGACCAUUCGGCAGGAAGUGACUAGACUGGCUAAAGAAAAUCUGGUCAUACCAGAAUUCAAACUCCAAAUCUUAGAGCUGCAAAAGCAGAAACAAGACAUUGAGAAGCACUUACAAGGACAGGUUGUGGAAAUGAAAGAAAAAAUGGAAGAAGUUACUGAUCAAUUACAAGGCAAUCUUAAAGAAGAAGGAUUCCAAAGAAGAUUGGUAGAAAUCCAGAAAGCUAACUGUGCCAAAGAAAAUAUGGAAUUACUUGAUAAAGUGAGAAAACUUGAAAAUGAGAAUCAUCAGCUACUGAAUUGGACCCAAGCUGAUAGUGCAGCCAGUAACAGAAUGAAGCAAGAAGCAUCUCAAUUAACAUUGGAAAACUGGGAUCUGGAGGAACGUCUUGAUCAGAAAGAAAAGCAAAUCAGGAAGUUGCAACAUCAGAUUAAAUCCUUAACCAAAACAAUUGAUAGAGGAAAUCGAGCCAAUGGAAAAGUGAGUCCCUUUGUGAAGAAGGAGUUCCUUGGCAUGUUGGAAUGUAAAACUGAGGAUGAAGAAAAGCUCAUAAAAAAUCUAAUUUUGGACCUAAAACCACGUGGUGUGGUUGUAAAUAUGAUUCCAGUACUGCCAGCAAGUAUCCUGUUCAUGUGUAUACGUUACGCUGAUGAUAGUAAUGAUGCUGAAAUGCUGAAAUCCCUGAUGAACUCUCUACUUGAUGGUAUUAAAACAGUCACUAAGAAUCACAGUGAAGAUUUUGAAAUGCUGUCAUUUUGGCUUUCCAACAGUGUCCAUUUUCUUAACUGCUUAAAGCAGUACAGUGGAGAGGAGGAGUUUAUGAAGUACAACACUCCUCAACAAAAUAGCCAAUGUCUGAAAAACUUUGACCUGUCCGAAUAUAGACAGAUUCUGAGUGACUUGGCCAUUCACAUUUACCAACAACUCAUUCAAGUGAUGGAGGAUGACCUUCAACCAAUGAUAGUACCGGGAAUGCUAGAACAUGAAAGCCUGCAAGGCAUUUCGAGCAUGAAGCCAACUGGACUUCGGAAAAGAUCUUCAAAUUAUCAAGAAGAAGUGGACAAGUACACAAUAUCUUCCAUUUUGCAGCAGCUCAGCUACUACUUCACCACCAUGUGUCAGCAUGACAUGGACACUGAUCUGACCAAACAGGCAGUUAAACAGCUCUUCUUUCUAAUUGGAACAAUCACCCUUAAUAAUCUCUUCCUGCGCAAAGACAUGUGCUCAUGCAGAAAAGGGAUGCAAAUAAGAUGUAAUAUUAGUUACUUGGAAGAGUGGCUGAAGGAUAAGAAUAUGCAGAGUAGCAAUGCUAAAGAGACCCUGGAACCACUCUCUCAGGCUGCCUGGCUACUUCAGGUUAACAAGACCACAGAUGAUGAUGUGAAAGAAAUAUGUGCAAAAUGUACAUCUCUUUCAGCUGUGCAGAUUGUCAAGAUUUUGAAUUCCUACACGCCAAUUGAUGAUUUUGAGAAACGUGUGGCACCAUCCUUUGUGCGCAAAGUUCAGUCACAACUGAACAGUCGUGGAGAUGGAUCAACAUUGAUAAUUGAUGCCAAAUAUCAUUUUCAAGUGACUUUUCCAUUUAGUCCAUCUCCACAAGCAUUGGAGACCAUCCAGAUUCCCAGUAGCUUCAAAUUAAACUUCCUUACUCGGAUCUAAAAGAAUGCUACUGUGUCAAAUAUCCGAUUGGUAAACUUGGAAGAUGAGAAUUGUUUUACAAUUAAUAUUAAAGACAUGGAUGACUUGGACUUUGGAGAUUUGGGUAUUUAUUUUUCUUUCUCAUGCCAAACUUAAUGAAUUAUUUGAGUUUAACAACAUUUUUAUAUUGUGCAUUUAACAAAAAUAAAUGCAGUCUCGUUUUACAAAAGUUCAAAACAUGUUAAGUUUUGACUGGCUGCUCUUACAAGGACAGUAUUCAAUAAUUUUUCAAACUCUGCAAGGAUUUCACAAACAGUUGCAGACUCAUGUUGCCUAAUAUUUUGUAUAAAGGUGAAACAAGUGAUGUUUUUCAUAGUGUUUAUAAGAGAUUAUUCUCCCAACAAUUUAUACUAGUAGAUUUUUAAAAAUGUUUGGGUGUACAAAUUCUGAAGAAAUUAGCUUUUUAACUAUACAGAGAAAAGUGAUGCAUGUUUAGAACUAAAGGAAAAAAAGGUUGUUUUUAUGGUUUUCCUAUUUAUCAAAACGUUAAUUCUUCUGUACAGAAUAUAUUUUAACAUUAUACACUUGUGUUGUUCAAUAAAAAGGACAAUAAAAGAAAACAAGUGUUUCAUUUCUGUGUGAGAUUUCACUGCAUAUUUGUAAAAUUAGAAA